AAUUCUGGGUUUGCGACCGUAGCUUUUGCUUUACAGCCAAUACUGAGUUUCCUGAAGGCUGGUUGGGGUGGUGAGGCCCGAGGCAGCUUCUGGAAUUUCUGGGCAGCCCUGGUCAGUACAAGAUGGACCCUGUAGUCUUGAGUUACAUGGACAGUCUACUGCGGCAGUCAGAUGUCUCAUUAUUGGAUCCUCCAAGCUGGCUUAAUGACCAUAUCAUUGGGUUUGCCUUUGAGUACUUUGCCAACAGUCAGUUUCGUGACUGCUCUAACCACGUCUGCUUCAUCAGCCCCGAAGUCACCCAGUUCAUCAAAUGCACUAGCAACCCAACAGAGAUCGCCAUGUUCCUCGAACCCCUGGACCUCCCCCACAAGUCAGUUGUAUUCUUAGCUAUCAAUGAUAACUCCAACCAGGCAGCUGGGGGAACCCACUGGAGUUUGUUGGUUUAUCUCCAAGAUAAAAAUAGCUUUUUUCAUUAUGAUUCCCAUAGCAGGAGUAACUCAGUUCAUGCAAGACAGGUAGCAGUGAAACUUGAGGCUUUCUUAGGCAGAAAAGGAGACAAACUAGUCUUUGUGGAAGAGAAAGCCCCUGCUCAACAAAACAGCUAUGACUGUGGAAUGUACGUGAUAUGUAACACUGAGGCCUUAUGUCAGAACUUCUUUAGGCAACAGCCAGAAUCACUACUGCAGCUACUCACUCCUACAUACAUCACAAAGAAGAGGGGAGAAUGGAAAGAUCUCAUUGCCAAACUUGCUAAAAAUUAGCUACUGAAGUAUAUUUGCAACUUUUGAAGUCUCCUCUUUCUGCCCUUCCCCGUUUAUUGGAUGGCUGCAAUCUCAGUGCCUAAGGGAAGAUGCCUGGUAGAAGAAAGCAUAUAUUCUUACUUUUUCCCGAAAGAACGUUAUCCCUGUAUUAUCCUAAUAGAAAGUUUCACUUUAACCCUGACUUGAGAGCACUAUGUUCUGUGAAAAUGUCUUGAAGUUAAGCACCAAAACAAAACUAAUUGAACUUAAAAUUACUGCACACGAGAUUCAAGACUUUUCUUAUUGGUACAAAAUUAAUUCCCUUUUGGUCUCCC